GCGAUGGAAGGGCCCCCCGAGGGUGGGGCUGAGUCCCUAGACUCCCAAGGCCAUGCCACCGACUGGAGCUUUGCUGUAUGCAGUCUUAGGGAUGCCUGGGAUGAGGAGGAACUUGCUGCCCAGGUCCAGGGCAAGGACCCUGGGCCUCCAAGAUCACCGGCAGGGGCAGCCCAGGGUGAAGGGCUACAUGGCAGUUGCCUUUCUGGGGAGCUGCUGUUACCCCCCGGGCAGAUGGCUGUAGAUGGGUCAGGGGAUGGCCCAAAGGAUGGAUUAGGAGGUUCUUCAGUCCCAUCAGGAGAACCAACCACUUCUGUUGUGGAGAGCCUCCUAUGCCCAAUGUCGGUGCAACUCAGCCUGGCACAGAGAGAGAGGGACAGCCAUGGGGGAGGGGAUCCAGUUCCAGGCAGGGAAGUGCCAGCCAGCUUUGGCCGUGGGGAGCUGGGUAGCAACUCUGUGGACCUUGGACACUCCUUACCUGAGACCUCGUCAGAGCUGCUGGAGACAGACCCCAGCAAAUCCAAACUUCCUAAGCUGGCUGACUUCCUCCUGGCCCAAGACCUCGCCUGGGAGCUGCUGGCCAGUGGCAUGGCUGCCUUGCCAGGAACUCGGGAUGUAGAAGGCCGGGCAGUGCUGCUUCUGUGUGCCCACAGCCCAGCCUGGCUUCACCCCAAGUGCAGCAGCCAUGAAGUCACUCGCCUGUUGCUGUACCUGCGAAGCAUCCCCAGACCCAAAGUACAGGCCUUGGGAUUGACCGUGCUAGUGGAUGCCCGAAUUUGUUCCCCAAGUUCUUCACUCUUCUGGGGGCUUAGCCAAUUGCAAGAAGCAGCCCCAGGGUCAGUGCACCAGGUACUGCUUUUGGGAAAAAUGCCAGAGGAGGCACCUUCAGCGCUAAAGCUAGCGCAACUGCCUACUUACCAGAGCUUGCUGGCACACGUCUCCACUUCGGAGUUGCCUGCUUCACUGGGAGGAGGCUUGCCUUACUGUCACCAGGCCUGGAUGGACUUCCGGAUGCGUCUGGAAGCCCUGUUGCAGAGCUGCCAGGUGGUUUGUGCCCUGCUCCGGGGGGCCAUCGAGAGCAUGAAGGCUGUGCCCCAGCCCGUGGAGCCUGGGGAAGUCAGUCAGCUGCUACAGCGGGCACAGGUCCUGAUGCAACAUGUGUUAGAUUCACCCCGACUGGCAUGGCUGCAAUGCCAGGGGGGUUCGGAGCUGUCAUUGCUGAAGCAGGAGGUCCCAGAGGUGACCCUAAGUCCAGACUACAAGCCAGCGGUGGAUGAGGUGGACGAGCUGUAUGGCCAUGUGGAUGGGCUGCUGCACCAGCUGACCAUGCACAGUAACCAGCGCAUACAGGCCCUGGAGCUGAUCCAGACGCUGGAGGCCCAGGAGGGCGGGCUGCACCAGAUUGAAGUGUGGCUGCAGCAGGUGGGCUGGCCUGCACUGGAGGAGCCAGCGGAGCCCUCGCUAGACGUGCUGCUGCGGGCCCAAGGCUCAUUUCAGGAGCUGCACCAGGUCGCCCAGGAACAAGUUAGGCGAGGAGAACAGUUUCUGCAGCCCCUAACUGGCUGGGAGACAGCUGAACUGGGCCCCAGGGGUGCCCACUUUCUGGCUCUGAAAGCCCAGCUGACUGAAUUCUCUAGGGCUCUGGCCCAGCGGCGCCAGCGACUGAUAGACGCUGAAAGGCUGUCAAGAUUCUUCAAGCAGGCCUCCACAUGGGCUGAGGAGGGACAGCGGGUACUGGCAGAGCUGGCCCAGGACUGCCCUGAGGUCGUGCUGCAACAGCUGCAGCUGCACUGGGCCAAGUACCCUGACCUGCCUCCUGCCCAUUUCCGAAAGAUGUGGGCUCUGGCCACAGGGCUGGGUUCUGAGGGUAUUCGCCAAGAGUGCCGCUGGGCCUGGGCACGCUGCCAAGACACCUGGCUGGCCCUGGACCAGAAGCUGGAAGAUGCACUGAAGCCGCAGCCACCAGUGGGCAGCACAGCCAGCCUAGGUGUCAGCCAGGCCCCGGGUGAACUUGCCACCCCGCCCCUGAGGAAGGCUUACAGCCUUGAUCGGAACCUGGGUUGGAGUCUCAGCAAGUCGGCCCACUCCGGCCAUCAUGCAGCAGCCAUUACGGCUGCUGGCCAUGGACCAGAGGCUGGAGGCGGUGCCCAGCCAGGGUGGUCUUCCACCAUGCCGCCACCGGGCAGCCCUUACCCCAGGAGCCCAAGCAGGCUCCAGCUGGUGCUGGCAGAGAUGGUGGCUACGGAGCGGGAGUACGUCCGUGCCCUGGACUACACCAUGGAGAACUACUUCCCUGAGCUGGAUCGCCCUGAUGUGCCCCAGGGCCUCCGUGGUCAGCGUGCCCACCUCUUUGGCAACCUGGAGAAGCUGCGGGACUUCCACCGCCAUUUUUUCCUGCGUGAGCUGGAGGCUUGCACCCGACACCCGCCCCGGGUAGCCUAUGCCUUCCUGAGACACAAGGUGCAGUUCGGGAUGUACGCGCUCUACAGCAAGAAUAAACCUCACUCUGAUGCCCUGAUGACCAGCUGUGGUCACAGCUUCUUCAAGGACAAGCAGCAGGCGCUGGGGGACCGCCUGGACUUGGCCUCCUACCUGCUGAAGCCCAUCCAGCGCAUGAGCAAGUAUGCCCUGCUGCUGCGGGAGCUGGCGCGGGCCUGUGGCGGGCCUGUGCAGGAGCUGAGUGCCCUGCAGGCUGCCCAGAGCCUCGUGCACUUCCAGCUGCGCCACGGCAACGACCUGCUGGCCAUGGAUGCCAUCCAGGGCUGCGACGUUAACCUCAAGGAGCAGGGGCAGCUGGUGCGGCAGGAUGAGUUCACGGUACGCUGUGGGCGCCACAAGUCCCUGCGCCGCAUCUUCCUCUUUGAGGAUCUGUUGCUCUUCAGCAAGCCUCGGAGAGGGCCCACGGGCGUGGACACAUUUGCCUAUAAGCGCUCUUUCAAGAUGGCAGACCUUGGCCUCACCGAGUGCUGUGGGGAUAGCAACCUACGUUUUGAGAUCUGGUUCCGUCGUCGCAAGGCCAGGGACACCUUUGUGCUGCAGGCCACCAGCUUGGCCACCAAGCAGGCUUGGACAGCUGACAUCUCCCGCCUGCUCUGGAGGCAGGCUGUUCAUAACAAGGAGGUGCGCAUGGCUGAGAUGGUGUCCAUGGGUGUGGGGAGCAAGGCUUUCUGGGAUAUCGCCCCCAGCGAGGAAGCUAUCAACGACCGCACCAUCAACUACAUCCUAAAGUGCCAAGAAGUUCGCUCUCGGGCUUCCAUUGCUGUGGCUCCGUUUGACUAUGACAGUCCCUACCUGGGGGCCUCAAGCUCGCAUCCCGGAGACCUUGCUUCUUGCUCUGUACUGGGCUCCCUCAACCUGCACUUACACAGAGAUCCAGCUCUCCGUGGCCUCCACCGGCCCCUGUAUUCCACCAGCUUCGCAGAGGAUGCAGCCCUGGAGGCAGAAGCGGAGCUGGCUAGCCAGCCGUCUCUGACUCCUGAGGAUUCAGAGGUCUUAUCUCAGUGCCCAUCCGCCAGUGGCUCUAGUGGCUCUGAUAGCAGCUGUAUGUCAGGGCAGGCCCCAGGCAGAGGCCUGGAGGACUUAUCCUACGUCUGAGCCUGGGCUGGAAGGCAGGCGUGGACCCGGUAGCCUGUGACUCCGAGGAACGCCACCUCGCUCUGGGUCUGCCGUGACCAGGCCACGACUAGCCCGACACCUCCUGCCCACGUGAAUACUCUGAUGUCUGAGCCCACUGGACACACUGGCAGGGUCUCUCCAAAAGAGUGACAGCAGAGUCUGUAUGAAAGAACACCCUGGCUGUGUGCCCUUCUUAAUGUCCCCUCAAUGUCCCCCCUUUCUCAUGUCACCUCAGCUAUGGUUUAGAAUUAGGCUAGAGCAGAGGGUGGGUGUCUCCAUGCUAUAGGCUGGAGGGACACCAGGUGGCUCUGGCAGUGACUGGGCUGGUCCCCUCAGCAGGAGCAUAGGUGGGCUUCCAGGAGCUACUUCCCAGGCCCUGGCCUCAGCCAAGUUCCCCAGCUUGUCUAGGAGUGAGCCCAGUUCUACUUAAUCCUGUUCUCACCUACCCCGGCUCUCUAGACCCAGUCCCCCUUUUCCUGGGUCAGUUUGGUUUUAUUGACUCAGUACUUCUGAACAACUUUCAGUUAAGAGUUGUCUAAAAUUAUUUCACUGUUGUGUCUUUGGCAUCCCAGAGACUC